AUGCUCGCGCGCUCUCAGGGACCACGGCUGGACCCGAACCAGGAGAACCCGCACCGCCAGCCGCACAAGACGCCCGCGCGUCCUGCUCUCGCCGGCAAGAACGCAACGACAGCGGGACCCGCUCCCGUCACGGGCGGCAAGGGCGUGCUCGGACAGACUGUGAGGACGGGAAGGGUGCUCGGUGCGAAGGACAGGAACCAGGGGAAGCACGGGAACGCGCCCGAACCCGCCGCACUCCUCUUCACGGGCAAGCCCUCGACCUCGACCUCCUCGAACGCCGAAGCCGGUCCAUCCUGCCAGCCUCUCCAGCUCCAACAACCUCCACAGGCAUUCAAGACUCCCCUGCCGAACCGCUCCCUCCGCCCCGUCCAGGACUUCAAGACGCAUGCGACUGCUUUGAGGCCGAAGCAUGCGCCUUCAAUGCUUGUUGGGUCGCCGGAUGUGUCGAUGGAAGCUGAGGUGGAGAAUGAGCAGAAUGAGCCGGAGGAGGAGGAGGACAGGGAGGUCGAGUACGCUGGCGGAAGUUCGAGGGAUUACGACGAACCGUACAUCCCCGACUGGGAUGAGCCCGACUACAAGACGGCAGGCUUCGGCGAGGCAGCCCUCUCGAUGCCGCUUGUCCCGCAGAUCGACCUCGACGAGUGGUUCAAGGAGGACGAGAUCGCUCGCAAGGCGUUCAAGGCGGAACUUGACCCAGAGAUUGAGAAGCCGCUGGCUCUGCGUGAGGACGACUCGCCUCAGCCAAUCUUUCCACUCCCGAGACGCCGCCAACCGCUUGGCGUCAAGUCGAAUAACGGCUCAACGCCUUCAACUGGCGCUCCUGCCGCUCGUCCCGGUUGGGCUGUCAGGCCUGUUGCGGGCGGUUCCUCGCUCGGCAAGGGUCCGGCGUCGACUCGUCGCCCGCUCGCACCUUCGACUACUAGCAGCGCUGCUCGCCGCCCUCCUACCACCGUCCCUGCUUCGUCCAGCUCGCUGCGCCCUGGCAUGACAAGCCGUCCUCCCGCCUCCUCGGCCACAGCCAAGCCCGCCCUCCCCUCCUCCACGCUCCGCAAGCCCCUCGCUCCCUCCUCUCGACCAGCCACGACUUCCACCCUCACCCGCCCACGCGCACCCCCGCCUAAACCGCUCCUCUUCUCCCGCCCUUCCUCGUCCGCCUCCGCUUCUUCUCCCGCCCUCCGUACUCCAACCACGCCCGCUCAGCGUAAAGCGGAGCAGAACGAGUUGGAGCGCGAGUUGGGCGCCUUCGGGAUCGUGGAAGAUGAGGCGGGGUUGGAGUUGCUCGGUGCGAGUGAGGGGUUAGGAGCGAGGGGUUUCGCAGACGAGGAAGGAGGAGAGUUCAGGCUUGAGCUUGAGCUUGAGCUCUGA